AUGAAUCUUACGGAAUCGCUGUGGUUUCUAGAAGAGUCAUGGAAGCUCAACCGAACAGAGGAGGAGGAACUUAUUUUCGGGAUCGGCACGGAUAAUUUCAUCACGUUAGUGGUGUUUUGUCUCAUCUUCGUGCUCGGUGUACUUGGUAACUCCAUGGUGAUCACAGUCCUGGCCCGGAGCAAACCGGGGAAACCACGCAGCACCACAAAUAUCUUCAUCCUGAACCUGAGCAUCGCGGACCUGUCCUACCUUAUCUUCUGCGUCCCUUUCCAGUCUACCGUCUACAUGAUGCCCACUUGGGUCCUGGGCGCAUUCAUUUGUAAAUUUAUCCACUAUUUCUUCACGGUGUCCAUGUUGGUCAGCAUCUUCACUCUCUCGGCAAUGUCCGUGGACAGAUACGUAGCCAUCGUGCACGCUAGAAAGUCCUCCACUAUAAGGGUUGCCAAACAUGCUUUCAUCGGCGUGGUGGUCAUUUGGAUUCUCUCUUUGGCCAUGGCAGCGCCCAUCAUGUAUUACCAGAAUAUCUUUCACGGGGGAGAAAAUCUAACAUUUUGCUGGGAAGUGUGGCCCGACCCAAACCAGAAAAAAAUAUAUGUGGUUUGCACCUUUGUUUUUGGCUACAUUUUGCCCUUGCUGCUCAUCACUUUUUGCUAUUCAAAGGUUUUAAAACACUUGCACAAAAAGCUGAGAAAUAUGUCCAAAAAGUCUGAGGCAUCAAAGAAAAAGACAGCUCAGACAGUGCUGGUUGUAGUGGUGGUAUUUUGCCUGUCAUGGCUCCCUCAUCAUGUGGUUCACCUCUGGGCAGAGUUUGGGACCUUCCCAUUGAACCAGGCUUCAUUUGUGCUGCGAAUUGCCGCCCACUGCCUGGCCUACAGCAAUUCUUCUGUCAACCCCGUCAUCUAUGCCUUCCUGUCGGAAAACUUCAGGAAGGCUUAUAAGCAAGUAUUCAAAUGCCAGAUUGGCACAGAAGAUGUGCUGCUCAAUGAGAUCAAGGAGAUUCGCAGCAAGCCAGACACACCACCUUCAACCAACUGCACCAAUGUUUGA